AAAAGUAAUAAAAUGUGAUAAAACGAUAGUAAUUGAAGUAGCUUCUGUUAGACAUUUUGUAAAGUGAAUUAAAAUGAAUACUUUUAAAAUAUUCCCAUUUCUAAUUCUAUGUAUUUUUAAUGUGGUCUUCUCUUCACCUCAGCUUCCAAAUAACAAGUCUGUUAGAAUAGUAGGUGGAGACACCGCAUACGCUGGACAAUUUCCGUUUUCUGCCGCCAUUUACGUGCAAACUACCUCUAGUUCUAUCUUUUGUGGGGGAGCUCUCAUUGACCACCAAUGGAUUCUAACAGCAGCCUAUUGUGUAGACGGAGCUACUCUUUUCACAAUUCGACUGGGAUCAAACAGUUUAUCCAACAGUGAUCCCAAUCGUCAAACUUUUGCUAGUUCUCACUAUGUGGUUCAUCCAAAUUACAAUCCUACCACACUUGAAAAUAAUAUUGCCCUAAUUCAGCUUCGACAACCUCUACAAUACUCAGAUUACAUAAAACCCAUAACACUGACAAAUCGCGAUAUCCCAUUGUAUGACCAUUUGACUGCAAUAGGUUGGGGCCAAACCAGUGAUUCCGAAAGUGGUCUUUCUGAUGACUUGCAAUAUGUUAGUUUGAUUACCAUCACCAACGAAGAGUGCAAAAACGUUUUCGGAUACCAAAUCAGCAGUGAUAUGGUUUGUGCUACCGGUAAUUACAUUGAAGGAACUUGUCUUGGUGACAUUGGAAGUCCUUUGAUUGAGCAUAUUUACAGUCCUCAAUCGGUGCGGCAUGCUGGGGUGUCGAGUUUUAUUAGUGGAAAUGGAUGCGAUCAACCGCAUCCUUCAGGAUACACAAGGACGUAUUUGUACCUAGACUGGAUCGCAAAUGUAACCAAAGGGACUUUUACCCAAAAAAUAAAAAUUACCUCAAACACCAAGAUGGUCUUUCUUGCGUUAUUAUUUUUAUCAAUUUUCACUAUAUUGAGCGCAGAGAAAAUUCAUUCUGGAGAACUUAGGUACCCUUCUGGUCGUAUUAUACAUGGUGAAACUGCUGACGUAGGGGAAUUCCCAUUUGUAGCAGCCAUCACGGUUCAAACAGCUAACAGCAAGCAUUUUUGUGGAGGUUCCCUCAUCGACAAAGAAUGGAUUUUAACAUCGGGGAGUUGUGUGGACAAUGCUUUAAUAUUCACUAUUCGUUUGGGGACAGUUCGAUUAGAAUCAGAAGACUCAAAUGUUCUUAUUUUAUCUACAAGCGAGUAUGUUUUACAUCCGGAAUACAAUCCUGAGACUUUGGAAAAUGACAUUGGGCUAAUUCGCCUUCGAAUGGCCAUAACUUUUACAAUAUACAUAAACCCUGUAUAUCUACCAAAAGAAGAAUUAGAAGAUUACACUACUGUAACGGCUCUUGGUUGGGGUCAAAUCAGCGACUCCAAUCCGGAAUAUUCUAACCGUCUAGAGUACGUAGAAAUGUCAGUUAUAUCUAACUUAGCGUGUAGGUUAACUUUCGGUAACCAAAUCAAAGACACAAUGGUUUGUGCCAGUGGUAAUUACAAUGAAGGAAUUUGUCUUGGCGACAACGGUGGUCCUCUAAUUGCACAUAAAGACAACACAAAGUAUUGGACUCUUGGCGGAAUCGCAAGUUUUUAUAGCGGAAAUGGGUGCGAAAGUACAGAUCCGUCAGGAUUUACACGGACAUACUCUUAUCUUGAUUGGAUUAAAAAUGUCACAAACAUCUAGACAACAAUUAUUUUUAUCUGUGAAUUGUUGGAAAUAAAAAUAUUUUAAAUUUU